AUGUUUCAAGUUAUAUUAACAUGCGUUAUGGUUGGAGCCAUAGAGUGCCAAACAAGUGGAAGAUUAUACCACAAGGCUUACAGCUAUUUGGCUGUUGGUGGUUUGAAAGUGGGAGUUUGUUUUGACGAGAUGAUGGAAGAUGUAAUGAGAUUGGAAGCGAGUUCAUCGGUGGAGUGCAUUGCUAAGUGUUCGUCUGCCACGAACAACAACUUGAGAGGCAUCAACUACGUGGCAUCUGUGGCAUCUUGCUCCUGUGUUCCGAAACUAACUGACGUCUGGUGCAACGUCACCAACGGUUCCAAACUUCCUGGCUGUGUGGCUUUUUUCACGCACGCAGAUUGUCCUUCCAGUUUUGAUUACGUGGUAGAAGUGAACAAAUGUUACAAAAUGAUCGGCCAAUUGAUGGAAUGGGACGCAGCACGGCUAACCUGCAACAACCUGUCAGCACAUUCCUUGACCGUUGACGAUCAAAAUGAAAUGACUGCUACCAUCAAAUACGCGCUCUUUGGCACCAAAGAUUUGACGAUGUGUUUCUAUGGAUAUAGCGUAGGAUAUGUAUUUUGGACAUCGGGCAAGCAGUUUUUGAAGGAAUCUGCCGACACUCCGUUCUAUUGGUGCCCCUACCCUGGUGUCAACCUAACAAUGAAUUUCAAAUCAUGGAACAGAGGCGAACCGAACGCGUAUCUAGGAAGCACAAAUUGUCUACAGUACAUGAUUGUGUAUACAAACGCAUGGGAUGACAGUUAUUGUUAUUUCGGCAGAUGUGUGUUUUGUGAAAUGGAUUUGGUAUUUUGA